AUGGGCAGCACAAGCAGAAACGGCUGGAAAGGCCGCCUGCACAAAGGAAAGCCACUCCAAGAAAGGCGCCCCCUCCAUACGAUCCUCAACACGCGGGACUUCGAAGAUGCUGCUUCGGAAAUUCUGUCCGAAAAAGCGUGGGCGUUCUUCUCCUCCGCCGCCACGGACUGUUAUACCUACGAGGCCAAUCGCGACUUCUUCCGUCGUAUAUGGCUACGGCCUCGGGUCUUGAGAGACAUCACAAACCUAGACAUAAAAACCAAGAUUCUGGGCAAUGAUGUGUCCUUCCCACUAUUUGUCAGCCCGGCUGCGAUGGCUAAGCUUGCUCACCCUGACGGCGAACUUGCUAUUGCUCGCGCAACUACGAAAGCUGAUAUUGCACACACCAUCUCCACCAAUGCCUCGUACCCCCUCGCCGAGAUCACGGCUAUUAAGAAAGGUCACCCAUUCUUCCUGCAACUCUACGUUAAUAAAAACCGCUCCGCUUCCGAGUCUAUAUUGAAGAAUGCUGAAGAAAAUGGGUGUGUUGGAGUCUUCCUGACCGUCGACCAAUCCCACCCCGGUAAACGCGAGUACGAUGAACGCGUAAAAUUUGAGGACGAGAGCCUCAUGUCUGCUAUCCCUACAGGAGCCGCGCCCAAGAAUGAUAUUCAUGGUAGCGGUAUCGGCCGCACCAUGGCCGACUUCAUUGAUUGUAGCCUCAAUUGGAAUGACAUAGCGUGGCUGAGAUCUGUCACGAAAAUGCCAAUCAUCAUCAAGGGCGUGCAAACGGCCGAGGACGCGAUGCUUGCCGCCGAGCACGGCGUGGAUGGUUUAUUGAUCGGCAACCACGGAGGCAGGAGUCUGGACACAGCCACCCCAGCCAUCAUGAUUCUCCUUGAAUUAAGAAAGCGGUGUCCCCAGAUCUUUGAUCGAGUGGAAAUCUUCGUGGACGGCGGUAUUCGUCGUGGGACAGAUAUAUUCAAAGCUUUGUGCCUUGGCGCGAAGGCCGUUGGUAUGGGGAGGCAUUUCAUGUAUGCCGCAUGCUACGGCGAAGAGGGUGUUUCUCGCCUUAUUGACAUCAUGAAGGACGAGUUUGAAACGACGAUGAAGCUUAUGGGUUGUACGAAGUUGUCGCAACUCCAUCCUGGCUUGCUUAAUUUGUAUGAGGUCGACCACUGGUUCUCCCAGUCUCGUGAUUCUGAGAGACUAGAUUCUUCUCAUGCCAAUAUAAUCUCAAAACUUUGA